AUGUCCAGCCCCGGAGAUUCUGGAAAAGGCUUCACCUACACCGGGUCCGGCACCAACAGCCAGGGCAACCACUGGUGCUCCCGCGACUACGGCACUGGCUCCGACUCCAACGGCUACGGCCGCGGCGAUGCCUACCACUACAGCAACCAGUAA